AUGGGACUGCCUUUCAGUCCGAAGUCGCAGGCUACUAGCCAGGCCGUUCCAGAGCACUCGCAGCCAGACUCCGAAGCCUCUAUCAUUCGCGACGGUGAUCUCGCCUAUGUGCAUCAAACAGCCGGCAAUGGCGCCUCAGGAUAUCAAGAAGCUGUCGGCGCACCGGUCGAGACACGCUCGCCACUGGGAUACCACGUCAACUGGCUGACCAUCAUCUUUCUCAACCUCAAUCAUAUGGUCGGCACUGGCAUCUUCUCCACGCCCGCUACUAUCCUACGCCUCACAGGCUCAGUCGGCCUGGCUCUCGUCUACUGGGUCAUCGGAUUCCUACUAGCUGUCGCUGGACUCGCCGUCCACAUGGAGUUCACCAGCUACUUUCCUAACCGUAGCGGCUCAGAAGUCGUAUGGCUUGAGCAAGGCUUCCCUCGGCCUAAGCACCUUUUCCCUGUCGCCUUCGCUGUCCAGUCCGUCCUGCUAUCUUUCAGUAGCAGCAAUGCAAUUGUCCUCUCCAACUAUCUCUGGCGUAUUGUCGGCCGUGAUCCGGAUCCCUGGGAGCUCAAGGGCGUUGCUAUUGCAGCAUACACGGUAGCUGUCAUUACUGUUAUCGCCCAUAACAGGUAUUCGCUGUGGGCCAUCAAUAUCAUCGGGGCACUGAAGUUGCUUUUACUUCUGUUUAUUUCCAUCUCGGGCCUUGUCAUACUUGGAGGCCAUUUUGGCAGGAUUGAGAACCCGGGUAUCAACUUUCGCCAUGGUUUUCAAGGCACAACCUCAAGCGGUUACAGCUUGUCUCAGGCAAUGGUCAACAUUACAUUUGCCUUCUCUGGCUGGCAGAACGCUUUCAGCAUGGCCAAUGAGAUCAAGAACCCAAUACCCACCCUGAAAAAGAACGCCACUGCUUCCCUGCUCAUUGUCUUCUCUCUCUACUUUCUCUGCAACAUUGCCUACUUUGCCGCAGUCCCUAAGGAUAUCUUUCUGGAUUCGAAAGAGCUGGCUGCUGCUGUCUUCUUCCGUACAGCCUUUGGAUCUUCCGCCGAGUCUGCUUUGAACUUUUGUGUCCUUCUGAGCUCCUUCGGUAAUCUCCUGGCCGUUCUUAUCAGUCAGUCCCGUCAGAUUCGCGAGAUUGCUCGCCAAGGUGUCCUGCCGUGGACAGAGUUCUGGGUCUCAACUAAGCCUUUCGGGACUCCAAUCGGCCCAUAUCUACUCAAAUGGGGCUUCACCUUUCUUAUGAUUGUCGCGCCCCCGGCAGGUGACGCCUUUCAGUUCGUCGUCUCUCUCAAGACGUACCCGGACGCCAUAUUCCAUGCCGCCAUGGGUAUUGGUCUUCUACUGAUCCGCCGUCGUCGAUCUCGCUCGGGUACUCCUAGAUCCGACUUCCGAGCAUGGUGGGCGCUUGUUAUCCUAUACCUCUUGGCUCAGGUCUUCCUACUCGUCAUGCCCUGGAUUCCCCCAGAGGGUGGAAUUUAUGCUGGAACAGUUAGCUUCUUAUGGUGUACCUACAUGAUUGUCGGAAUUGGAAUCAUGGCUAUCUGCGGUAUUUACUACUACCUCUGGAUGAAGGUCCUCCCUCGCUGGGGCAACUACAGUAUUCGAUCCCAAGUUAUUUCUGUCGACGACAACGGCGCCAAUACGCAUCGUCUCUUACGGGUGCCUAAUUCCAAGGUGGCUGAGUGGGAUGCUACUCAUGAUGAUCUCGGUCGCGAUUUACCCCCCCAGGAGGUAAUUAUUAGCUCGGAAAAGUAG